CUUUUGGUCCCUGCGGCUUUCCGUAGACAGGGCCUGGGCGUUGACAGCAGCUGCGUCGCGAACAAACACCUCAUCUCAGAGCUCGGGAGGUGUCUCUUACAUAAAGUCAGACACAGUAAAAAUCAUAUAAAAAAUGCACUCAGUCACGCUCGAUUGCAGCGGCUCUCCGAGGAAGCGGACGUUUUCUCGGGGAAUGAGCGAAGAUGAGUCGCUGCGCAGCAUCAUAAAGGAGACUGAGAGUUCAUCCAGACGCUUGUCACGAAGCGACAGCCGAGCAGGCACCUUGAAGAGGAGGAGCGACAGUCAGUUUGACCCAGAUCUUGUCAUGGGACUCCCAGAAAUGUUGGAGCUGCAGGCCAGCUAUGAUGAGGUGGUGCAGGAGCUGCGUGGGCUUGAGGUCGAACGAGAGACUCUGUUAUUCCAGGUGGACGUCCUACAGGACACACUGGAGGGUGUAGAGGAGCUGCUGGCUGAGGCCCAGAGGGAAGCUGGAGAGGCAAACAUGAAGCUGGAACAAGAGCGAGAGGCCAAAAAGAAGCUGGAGCGCAUGGUCUCCUCAUUGAUGCAAGAGGUGGAGAAGUUAAAAGAGGAAAGAAAUAACAAACCGGUCAACACACAUGAUGAUGCACGACAAGGAUACUCAAUGACAAAUGAACCGAUUCAAGCUACACAGAGGGACGAGCCAAGUUCCUCUGUGCUGGAUUCUCAUAGCAGCCGUAGAGCACCCGAGGGGGGGGAGCCGGGUGUAUCGACCGACAAUGAGGGAAGCAUCUUGACGAAGCUGCGGAAGGUGGUCACUAAGCCCUUUGGUCACGUGCCUUCUCUUGCACUUGAUAACCCAACUGCUGAAGACGGUGUCCUCCAGAGGCCUUAUGAACAUCCCAUCAAUAAUCGACGAGAUCCUUCCCCUGACAGGAACGACUCCGACAGUAUAAGUGCCUACGAAGACGCCUCUGCUGAGACUCCAGAGAAGGACAGGGUGUUCCCAGGAGAAGGAGACACUUUGGAGCUGCCUGAUGAUUCUGAGGAUGCAGCCGACAGUUCCUUGGUCAACGAGAGCAAGAGCGACAACCCCAAAAACCCUGAGGCCUGCGUGGUGUCUUAACUUAGCUGUUUCAUCUUCGUUUUUACAUUUUACACGCGUAAUAUUUAUGUUGUUAGACGUUUUUGGGCAUAUCAUUUCCCAGAGCCGCAGUGAUUAGUCGGUGAUGAAGAGAAACUAGCCUGCAACUAUUCUGAUAGUCAAAAAGCCGAGAUGCCAAACGUUUUGUGGUUUCAGCUUUUCAGAUGAAAAGCUUUGCUGCUUUUAUGUCAUAUAUGGUAGUAAGAUAUAUAAAUCUGCUGAUUUGUUAGUAUUUUACCGUCUUAAUUGUGUUUAGCUCUUUGGAUUAAUUAAAAAUAAUAGACUGAUUAAUAUACCUGUUAGUCGCAGCCCUGGUUGUAAUGCACUGUAGUAAAGUUUAGACUUACGACACAUGGAACUCAGGAUCCAGGAGGUGGUGGGAACUCCACUGAUUAAUACUUUAUAUUUUUUGCCAAACUUUUUGUUUUAAUAUCUGUCUUAGUCUGAAACAUGGAACAUGCUCCAUGUUGCAUUGACUGUUUACCUCUUCAGUGACCUUUUAAGACAGUGGGACCACCGCUGUUUUCAGUCACAUCGUAUCUACUCCUUUUAGAUAAACAGAAACUUUGAGAGGAACAUUUCAAGCACUUAGUGCUUAACUGUUACAGCUUUUCAAAAUGGGAAGAUUACAUUAUGUACAUUAGGGAAAAAAUGCAACAAGUGAUGCAUUCAGCUGGUGGCUACAGAAGGUACAGUAGUAGUAUUAGCCACACGCGUUAAACCUGUUAACAGGUAAUGAUCCAGUGCCACGUCUUACUGUUUCAUUGGUCGUUGCAGUUGAACGCACAACACUUAUUUUUGUUCAUUGGCUCGUUGUAGCUUCUGUUUUUUCUAUGUUGCCUUAUUGAAGUAAUUUUGAUGAAGAGCUACACUGGAAAAUGUUUGAUAGUUACUUUCCCCACUGUCCUGUUGAAUUGCUUUGAGAUGUAAAGCUCAUUUCAUCUUUGACAAGGGUCACUAAAAUGAUAUUUGUAAUGGAGGUAGUUAUUUAGGUAGAAUUUAUGCUGUAGAAGGGAAAUGCGUAUCUAAAUGGAUUUACUGCCUUGCUGAUCUGCAUAAGAACAUUUAUUUUUCUAUCUUUUAUACAGCCCCCUUUUUCCUGUCUCCUGUCCAAAUGUAGGGAAAUGGAUUUGGCACCAUUUGCACUUUUUUUAAAAGUUCUUGUACUAUGGCAUAAAUUUGUCGGGCGACGUCAGAAACCACAUUCCCUUUACGACCAAACGCACCAGUGAGGUGUGAACAACUCACCUGCUGCAGGCUGUACUCUCUGUCCGCAUGGUAAAACCGUGUGCUCGCACAUCUGCAGUUAAACGUGUUGAAUCUCUUUAGACGUCUCUGGUUGCGGUAUAGAUUUUGUAACAGUCACAUGUUGAUGUUUUUGUAAGAUUACAUAUCUGUUUUCACCGAGUGAGACAAGAGUUGGACUCUUUCCCCUCAUUUGUGAGAAACAGCCUGCAUGAGCACCUAUGAAUGUAAAGUAAUUUCCAAACUGCACAUGAAUUAAUCUUUGUCAUUUCUGAGUACCUUUGCAUGCGAUACUCAUCACAGAUAAGAAUAUUAGGUUUUGAUCAAAGCUAGUUACUGCAUAGGCUGGAGUUUUAAAGGGAUUUCACAUCAUCGUCCCAGUUUUAAUGUGGAACUUUAUAAUAUGUAACUUGAAAAUAUAGUGUAACAAAAAUCACAGUCACUGUUUCUGCAGCUUUAGAAAUAGAUUUUAAUAUGAUUAUGGGAAUUUGAAGGUGCUGCAUUUUUUAUUGUGGUUUCAAAGCAGCAUGUUAAAUUUUAAUUCAUCAUUUGUCUUUUAUAUUAUAUUAUUGAUAUAUAUAAUGCUGGUUCACACAGUACUUGACUCUCCUGGCAGCCAUGACGCGCAGAUUAUUGACAGGACAGUGCUCAGAUGCUGUUUUCAGUGAGGCUACUGUUACUGUCAGGUCAUAAACAUCAGCUCAGACGCUUCCGAGCAGCGUCCACAGUUGUUGCUGUUAAUCUUGUUUUCAUCCCAUGUAAUUCCAAUUUCCUGACAGUUUGUUUGGUUUCGGUAAAGUUUUUCCAGACUCCAGUCAUACUGUUUUUAGCAUCUGUCUCACAGCGUCUGCGAGACUUCCUCUCUGACGCACGCAGCAGUGAUGUUCAGAAAUGAACCCACUUUUUUUCAUUUUUUUCACAGUGCAAAAAAAGUGUUCCUGCUGUAUUUUGAUGCAUUACAUUGGUCUUAUUCCAUUUCAUGUAUCUGACCUGAUCUGAACGUUGAAUCAAACAGGAAAAUGCAUUGUACUACUAAUAUAACAUUCCAGACACAUAUACAAAAUAAAAGUUGUGAAAAAUUA